GUGAGCUGGAGCAGCAGCUGUGCCCCGAGUACCCUAAUAUCGUCUUCUCCAGGCUGGUGUGUGAGGACUCUCCUGGCCCUGCACCACCCGGGGAGGUGCGGCAGUUUGGUCGCCAGUUCCCGGUGGAGGCGCCGGGAGGGCUGCAGGACUGUGCCAUGUUCUACGUGGGAGCUGACCUCUACCGGGUGUGGCGGGCUCGGGAUGCCCGGGUGGUGGCCAUCCUGGUGGGCACCCUCGGCGUGGCGGGCUACCUGGCUGUGCUGCAGCACCUCCGUGGACAUCUUCGUCCUGGUGGCCUGUGCUCACGGGCUCGGGAUGCCCGGGUGGUGGCCAUCCUGGUGGGCACCCUCGGCGUGGCGGGCUACCUGGCUGUGCUGCAGCACCUCCGUGAGCUCCUGCGCCGGGCCGGCAAGCGCAGCUACACGCUGGCCGUGGGGAAGCCGAACCCUGCCAAGCUGGCCAACUUCCUGGAGGUGGACAUCUUCGUCCUGGUGGCCUGUGCUCAGAACUCUCUGCUGGACUCCAGUGACUUCUACCGGCCCAUCAUAACCCCCUACGAGCUGGAGUUGGCCUGUAACCCAGCCCGGGAGUGGACAGGGGACUACCUCACUGACUUCCGAGACUUGCUGCCAGGUGCCUGCGCGCACGUUGAGCUCCCACCGGCCGUCCCUGCAGCGGAGGCUGUUCCUGACGUCUCACUGAUCACGGGGGAGAUGCGUGCCACCCGCCUCUGUGACCCUCCAGCUCCCCAGCUGCCCCCCAGCACUGCCCUGGCCUGCAGGGACCAGACACGAGCCCUCGCGGAGCUCAGCCCUGCUGCCUCCUUCCUGGAGUCCCGCAGCUGGCGGGGCCUGGAGCAGCAGCUGGGGCAGACACCCAUCGCCAAGGCUGUGCAGGGCCGACGGGGGAUUGCUAUUGCCUACGAGGACGAGGGGCACAACCAACCCUGA